AUGUCUAUCCACCACGUCAUAUGUGGUCGAUUUCGGAAUAUCCAGUUGGGCCCAAAAAUCGCAGCCCGGCGCGGAACGCAACUCGUGUAUCGAUUUGGAUUCCUGUGUUCUUACCUAUGCCACAUUACCUCGGUUGCUAUUGUGAUUGUGUCUUAUUUUCCCGGUGCAAUCCCGCGCGCGAGUCUUUCAUUUGGCGAGGAGGUAGGUGAUAAGCUCAUCAUGGUGAUAGAGCGGGGGAUGACCGACAUUUUGAAAUGGGAUUAUGCCAUUGCGGCUGCGUCAGCGAUGGUAUGGGCUUUAGAUGCUCGCAUCAAAAGGCUCCAGGCGAAAGGCAAGCAAGUUAGUCGGGAUGAUUACCUUCAGAUGUGCUGGGACGUGUUUGUUGGGAGUGUGAUGGACGGACCGUGCAGCGUCGCGUUGAGAAUUAGUUUGGGUAUGGAUGAAUAG